CGUCAGCGGCAGGCGAGUGAUCCUCAACCUCAACUUAUCAUCAUCUCAUUCCCUCCUCUCUACCAAAGGCUCAUCACCAAGAACCGAUUCGACACACCAUGGCCUCCCCUUCGCAAGACGAGGGCGAGGCCUUCGUGUCUGCCACCGGUGGCCUCGGCUUCGAUGUCGCCGUCUUCAGAACCUACCUAGCCACCCUUCUCCCGCCUGUGAUGGCGGCGACUCGGCAAGAACUCGAACUGGGUCUUUUCGGAGACCCGACGUUCGAGGAGAAAACACUACGUUUUGCGAGCGACGCGGGCUGCCAGGUCGUCUACAUCACCAAGGAGAGAUAUCUCGACGUGGACGAGGAUGACCACCCCGUCACCAAGAUCGGGUACCGUCUCUCUCUUCCUCCUACUCCCCCGCACUCGCCCAAUGUUCUCUCAACCCUCGCCCUCAUCAAGACGUCGCCCACGCUUGACUCGCUCGUUCCGCUCGGGGCGCAGCUUCACUUCGUUCAGCUCUCGGCUGGGACACUCCCGCAUCUCGGCGGUACCGGUAGUCCCUCAGCUCCCGGUACCGUUGUUUCGACCCCGACAACCCAGGCGUCGCCGUACGACGGCCUUCACUCGCUGGUGCACUGGGGUGUGGCACCAUGGUUCGACUCCUACGUGGCCUCCAAGGGCACAAUCAACGACGGCCCAACAACGGGCAAGAAGGGUGGCGAGGCGCAGAUGGGUAUCCCUGUGACCAAGAAGAAGUUUGCUGAGCUUGAGCUCUCCCUCCUCCACCUGAAACAGAACGUUGAGAUUCCAGAAGUGCAUCUGUCGAUUCAUCCCGCGAUCCGCAAAGCAAUUGCGACGUGUCAGGCCAACGGCCAGCGGAUAUCGGUUGACGCCAUCGAGCCCCAAAGUCUUCUCUCUGACCCCGCCUUCCUCAACAAGCUCCAGGCUGAUGUCAACUCGUGGAUCAAGGAAAUCCAGACUGUCACCAAGCUACAGCGCGAUGUGUCGUCCGGCACUGCGUCCCAGGAGAUCAACUUCUGGAUCAGCAUGGAGAAUGAACUCGAGAGAAUCGAAGGCCAGCUCAAGGGUGACGAGGUCUCGCUCGCGCUCGAUGUCCUCCGCCACGCCAAACGUUUCCACGCUACCGUCAGUUUCAUUGCUGACACUGGUAUUAAGGAGGCGGCGGACCUAGUGCACAAGUACAACGUCCUGAUGAAGGACUUCCCUCUCGACGAGCUUCUGGCAUCAACGGAUCUCGAAAAGGUCAAGGACUCGAUCUGGCAGAUCUUUGGUCACAUUAACAAGAAGCUGAAGCUCUCACCUUACCCUAUCCGUCGCACACUUCCUCUCGUCGAGGCCAUCUCCUCUGACUUCAACGACCAGCUGCUCCGCGUGCUCGGUACCCAGCGCCUGAUGUACAUGGACUACACCAAGUUCGACGAGAUCAUGAAUGUGACGGCGGAGGUGUUUUCGACAUGGGACGAGAACAUGAAGGACUUCACCAACGUCGCGCGCGAGGUUUCGCGUAAGCGCGCAGAGAAGUUCAUCUCCAUUAAGAUUAACCCCGCGCACCACAAGUUGCAGGAGCGCAUCAUGUAUCUCCGCGCGUUCCGGCGAUCGCAUGAGCAGUUACGCGUUAUGACGAGCUCGACACGCACCUUCAGCGGUUUGGGUAACGACAUUCCCUUCGACAUCGACAUGGAGGAAGAGGUCCGUCUCAGCUACGACAGCGUCAAGAACGUGGAUGUCCUCGAUGUCACGCCCGAAGGGUCUGAGAUCUGGUACGCUGCGGAGGUCGCCUAUAACGAUCGUGUAGCGCGCAUCGAGAACCAGAUCAUCUCACGACUGCGCGACAAGCUUGCGACGACAGCUACAGCUCAGGAAAUGUUCCGUGUCUUCUCUAAAUUUAACUCGCUCUUUGUGCGACCCAAAAUCCGUGGCGCCAUUCAGGAGUACCAGACACGUCUCAUUGACUCGGUCAAGGAGGACCUGCGCGAUCUUCGACAGAAGUUCACGAGCGGAUACCGCAACUCGGAGGCACAGCACAUGUCUGAGUUACGAGACUUCCCGCAAGUUGCCGGUGCCAUUCUGUGGGCGCGCCAGAUCGAGCGGCAGCUGCUCAUGUACAUGAAGCGCGUGGAGGACGUCCUUGGCAAAGGAUGGGAAAGUUACACUGAGGGACAGAAGCUUCAAGUGGAGAGUGCCGCAUUUAAGGCAAAGCUCGACACCCGGCCGCUGUACGAUGCAUGGAUGGGCGACAUUCAGCGCCGCGGUAACCUGGUUGUUGUUGGUCGUCUCUUUGACAUCGUGAAGACGCGCGCCACAGGUGGUAACCAGGGUCAACUGCAGCUGGUGGUCCAAUUCGACACAACGGUCAUCAAUCUCUUCAAGGAGGUGCGCGCGCUGAUUUGGCUAGGCUUCCCUGUGCCUUUGAGCAUCACGCACCGCGCGAAGGACGCUAAGCGUAUCUACCCGCACGCCGUCAGUCUGAUGGAAUCCGUCCGCACCUACACCCAGACUGUCGACCUUAUCGAUCGCAACCCGGACGUAGCUAUUCUCCUUGCAAGCUAUCACAACAAGGCACGCGAGAUGAUCACACGCGGAAUGGUUAUGCAGUGGGACCAUCUCGUUAACGCGUACGAAAGCCAUCGCUUCCUCCCAGGCUCUGACGCGCGGGAGAGCCGUCACUUCAUAUACGUGCGCGAGUUCGCGAGCUAUGUGUCGCUGCUCCAUGACAAGACGACCGCGCUCAUCAACAUCUCGCAGGGGAUCUCGCGCAUUGUGGAGGAGUUAUCCACGUGCUCAUACCAAGCGGAGUCGUUCACAGAACUUUUAACCCAAGUGCAGAAGACUGUGGACCAGCUCAACCUUGAAGGUUACAGCAACCUCGACGCAUGGGUCGCGAAGCUCAACGAAAGGAUUGACAGUGUCCUCGGUCGCCGUCUCGCCAUGGCAAUCGAGGCGUGGUGCAGCGAGUUCACAAGGGCUGACGAGGCGCAGGAUGGUGACGGUGACGCCGAGCCCGCGGACGCCGAGACGAAGCGUCUUACCAACAUCUCUAUCAAGCCCCUCGUCCACGAGGUCCGCAUCCGCAACCAGGUCAUCUACUUGGACCCACCCAUCGAGUUGGCGCGUCUCGAGUGGCUGUCGCAGUUCCAGGCCGCGCUUGGAGUCGUCUGCAAUCUUAACCGCAUCAAGAGCUCGCGCUACGAAAUGACGCUACACGCUGAGGAGGUCACCGCCGAGGAGAGAUCGUACAUUGGUCUCCUCACAACCAACGCUUUGCCGCUAGAAAGACCCCUGUCGCUCAUUGAAGCCAAGGUUCAGUCGGUCAGCGCAUACGUCGACAAGUGGCUCCAGUUCCAGUCGCUCUGGGACCUUGAAGCCGAGUACGUGUACAAUCGUCUCGGCGAGUCACUCGCCAAUUGGGGUCAGCUACUCUCUGACAUUCGCCAAGCGCGCUCGACAUUCGAUACCACAGACACGCGCAAGGAUUUCGGAGUGUGCAUCAUUGACUAUGCCAACGCUCAGAGCAAGGUCAAUGCCAAGUAUGACUCAUGGCAGCGCGAUCUUCUCGCCAAAUACGGCUCCAAGCUGGGAAUGACAAUGAAGGAGGUUCACGCUGCCGUUUUCAAGGCGCGUACGGAUCUCGAGACGUACUCAAUCGAGGGCAACACCGCGCAGGUGGUCACGUUCAUUACCUUCGUGCAGGAUUUGAAACGCAAAGUUGAAAUCUGGGACCCGGAAAUCGACCAGUUCGUGGCCGGGCAGAAGACUCUCGAACGUCAACGCUACACCUUCCCGUCCGACUGGCUCUUUGUGGACCAGGUCAAGGCUGAGUGGGGAGCCUUCUCCGAGAUUCUUAAGCGCAAGGACGACUCAAUCAAGGAGCAGCUAGCAGGUCUUCAGCUCAAGAUUGCUGCCGAGACCAAGAUUGUGGAUGGCCGUAUUCAGGACUUCAUCACUGAAUGGGAGACCAAUAAGCCGCUACAAGGCCACAUCAAGGCUGACAUCGCAAUCAUGACCCUCAAGAAGUAUGAGACGCGCUUGAAUCAACUUACGGAGGACUACACGCUAAUUCGCCGCGCCAAGGAGGCGCUCGAUCUUGAGCACGGCAAGGACGACCGCCUGCAACCUGUCACCGAAGAGCUGCGUGACCUCACGGGCUCUUGGACAGCGCUGUCGGGCACUUGGGGACGCAUCAACGGGCUGCGCGAUAUUCAGUGGUCAGCGGUUCAGCCGCGCAAGUUGCGUCAGGAACUUGACAGCAUCCUCGCCGAGACCCGUGCUAUGCCCAGCCGCAUGCGUCAAUACCCCGCAUUUGAGUAUGUUCAAGAAACCAUUCGUGGUCUGCUCAAGUCCAACAUCCUUGUCACUGAGCUACGUUCGGAGGCGUUGCGCGAGCGUCAUUGGUCUAAGCUGUACAAGGCGCUGCGCAUCACAUCGCCCCGCAAUCCCUCAGCCAUGACUCUCGGACACGUGUACGACCUUGACUUGCAGAAAAAUCAAGUCGCUAUCAAAGAGGUCGUACUCCAGGCUCAGGGAGAGAUGGCGCUGGAAGAGUUCCUCAAGCAGGUUCGCGAGACCUGGACGUCGUACUCGCUUGACCUCGUCAACUAUCAAAGCAAGUGUCGCCUCAUCCGUGGCUGGGAUGACCUGUUCACCAAGUGCAGCGAGCACCUUAACUCGCUCUCAGCCAUGAAGCUAUCGCCGUACUACCGCGUCUUUGAAGAGGACGCCGCCGCAUGGGAGGAGAAGCUCAAUCGAGUGCAUGUUCUGUUCGACGUGUGGAUUGAUGUCCAGCGGCAGUGGGUAUACCUCGAGGGCAUCUUUUCCGGAAGCGCCGACAUUAAGCACCUUCUGCCUGUCGAGAGCUCGCGUUUCCAAAACAUCAACUCUGAGUUCCUGUCCGUCAUGAAGAAGGUGUACAAGUCGCCCUUCGUACUCGACGUGCUGAACAUUCCUGGUAUCCAGAAGAACCUGGAGCGCCUCGCCGACCUGCUUACAAAGAUUCAGAAGGCCCUCGGCGAGUACCUCGAGAAGGAGCGAUCGUCUUUCCCGCGUUUCUACUUCGUCGGCGACGAGGACCUGCUCGAAAUCAUUGGCAACUCGAAGGACAUCCACCGUGUCAUGAAGCACCUCAAGAAGAUGUUCGCUGGUAUCUCCAUCCUCCAGCUGGACGAGGAGUCGACAGAAAUCCGCGCUUUUGCUUCGCGCGAGGGCGAGGAGGUGCCGUUCCGCACGCCAAUCGUGCUCAAGGACUAUCCCAAGAUCAAUGACUGGCUCGCGAAGUUAGAGUCGGAGAUGCGCCUUUCGCUUGCCUUCCUCCUCUUCCAGGCUGUCAAAGAUUUGCGCGACAUCUUCCGCAUCGAUGGGGCGUUGGCCGUCGACGGGCUGCUUGAGUGGAUUGGCGCGUACCCCGCCCAACUCGUUGUGUUAGCUGUCCAGAUCGCUUGGACUGAGCUGGUGGAGAUGACCAUCCCCGAAGACAAAUUGGAAGGCGCACUUGAGCUCGUCUCGAGAUUGCUCGAUCUGCUUGCUGACACUGUGCUGCAGGACAUCCCUGUUCUUCAGCGCCGCAAGUGCGAACAUCUCAUCACCGAACUCGUCCACCAGCGUGACGCAAUCCGUGCACUUGCAAGCGCCCAUGUUCGCACCGUUGACAGCUUCUCCUGGCUGUACUACAUGCGCUUUUACCUCAACGAAUCCAUCGAAGAUCCCCUUGCCCGUCUUGAGGUGCGCAUGGCCGACGCGGUCUUCCCGUACGGCUACGAGUAUCUCGGGAUUCCAGACCGUCUCGUUCAAACCCCUCUCACCGACCGCUGCUACCUCACCCUCACCCAGGCGCUCGACAACCAGCUCGGCGGCUCGCCCUUUGGCCCCGCCGGUACAGGUAAAACUGAGUCGGUCAAAUCACUCGGUGUGCAGCUUGGUCGAUUCGUUCUCGUAUUCUGCUGUGACGAGACCUUCGAUUUCCAGGCCAUGGGCCGCAUUUUUAUCGGUCUGUGCCAGGUUGGCGCGUGGGGUUGCUUCGACGAGUUUAACCGUCUCGAGGAGCGCAUUCUUUCGGCAGUCUCGCAGCAAGUUCAGACCAUCCAGCAAGGUCUCGCGCAGGCCGUAUCCAAUCCAAACGUCGACGUGGAACUCGUUGGCAAACGCCUGAAGAUCAACCCUCGCACGGGCAUUUUCAUCACCAUGAAUCCAGGUUAUGCGGGCCGCUCUAACCUUCCAGACAACCUCAAGAAGUUGUUCCGCAGCAUGGCCAUGACGCGCCCCGACCAGGAGCUUAUUGCGCAGGUGCUCCUGUUCUCAAAGGGCUUCCGCACGGCCGAAGUGCUCGCGUCAAAGAUCGUGCCAUUCUUCAACCUUUGCUCGGAGCAGCUCUCCCCGCAGCCGCAUUACGACUUCGGUCUGCGUGCACUCAAGUCUGUCCUUGCGUCUGCUGGUAUUCUCAAGCGUGAUUACCACCUUAGGGCGCAAGACGACGAAAUCGUGUCGGACGAGAUUGCCGAGCAGCAGAUCAUGAUCCAAAGUGUCAUGGAGACGAUUGUGCCGAAGCUCGUUGCGGACGACGUGCCCCUCCUUCGUGCGCUGGUUGAGGACGUCUUCCCUGGUGUUCAAUACAUUCCUGUCGACCUGGAUGCGCUCAAGUCCAUGAUCGCCGAGGUUUGUGAGGAGCGCCGCCUUGUUGUUGGCGAGGCGUGGCUUGACAAGGUCAUCCAGCUCUAUCAGAUCCAGAACAUCUCCCAUGGUCUUAUGAUGGUCGGCCCAUCAGGCUCCGGCAAGUCCGAGGCCUGGCAGGUUCUUCUUGCCGCGCUCGAGCGCGUGGAUGGCGUUGAAGGCACAUCGUACGUCAUCGACCCCAAAGCUAUCGACAAAGAGGCAUUGUACGGCACGCUGGACCCAACCACGCGCGAGUGGAACGACGGUCUGUUUACGCAUAUCUUGCGGAAGAUCGUCGACAAUGUCCGCGGCGAAACAACGAAGCGCCACUGGAUUGUCUUCGACGGAGAUGUUGACCCCGAAUGGGUGGAAAACCUCAACAGUGUCCUUGAUGACAACAAGCUUCUUACAUUGCCGAACGGUGAGCGCCUCAGCCUGCCGCCUAACGUACGCGUCAUGUUUGAGGUCGAGCACCUUCGCUACGCCACGCUUGCUACCGUCUCGCGUUGUGGUAUGAUCUGGUUCAGCGAGGAGGUCAUCGACGUGGACAUGCUCUGUAAACAUCACCUCAACCUUCUUGCCAGCGUGCCCAUCAGCGCCAGCGACGAGGACGCGAUGGAGUACGACGCAGAGUUCGCUACGCAGCAGAUCGAACUCCAGCGUCACAUCGCCACAAUUCUUGGCCCCUACUUUGAGAAGGACGCCCUGGUGCAAACAGCACUUGAGUUUGCAUCGAGAUCGGAACAUAUCAUGGACUUCACCGUCAUACGCGCGUUGAAUACGUUAUUCUCGCUACUCAAGGCGACUGUUCGCAACGUUAUUGAAUACAACGCGAGACACGUCGAUUUCCCUCUUCCUCCGGACAAGGUGGAAUCCUAUGUGCAACGCCGCCUCCUUCUCAACGUCAUUUGGUCUCUGGUGGGCGACAGCCGCCUGGACAUCCGCACCAAGCUGGGCGAUGAGCUCCGCCUUAUAUCAGGCAUUGAGACGCCGGUCAUGUCUGCCGGCACCUCGCUCAUCGAUUACGAUGUCAAUGUGGCCAACGCUGAAUGGGUGUCGUGGCAGUCGCGCGUUCCAACCAUCGAGGUUGAGACGCACGCUAUCACGGCUGCAGACGUGGUCAUCCCGACCGUGGACACGGUCCGCCACGAGGACGUUCUCUACAGCUGGCUGGCCGAGCACAAACCGCUCAUUCUUUGCGGUCCUCCAGGUUCGGGCAAGACCAUGACACUCUUCAGUGCUCUGCGAAAACUCAGCAACCUUGAAGUCGUGGGCCUCAAUUUCUCGAGCGCCACCACGCCUGAGCUCAUCCUCAAAACAUUCGAGCAGUACUGCGAGUACCGCAAGACACCAAAUGGAGUCGUGCUCGCGCCCACCCAGAUCGGCCGCUGGCUUGUCGUCUUUUGCGACGAGAUCAACCUGCCAGCGACGGACAAGUACGGCACACAGCGUGUCAUCUCGUUCAUCCGUCAGCUUAUGGAGCGCAACGGCUUCUGGCGCACAACAGAUCUGUCCUGGGUCACCCUGGAGCGCAUCCAAUUCGUCGGGGCGUGUAACCCCCCAACGGACCCCGGUCGCGUCCCACUCAGCCACCGUUUUAUGCGCCACGCGCCAGUAGUUAUGGUGGACUACCCCGGCGAGGUGUCGCUCAAGCAGAUCUAUGGCACCUUCAACCGUGCGCUCCUCAAGGUGGUGCCCAACCUGCGCGGCAGCGCCGAGGCCCUCACCGACGCGAUGGUUGCGUUCUACCUUUCGUCGCAGAAGCACUUCACUGCAGACGUGCAAGCUCACUACAUCUACUCGCCGCGUGAGCUCACGCGAUGGGCCCGAGGCAUCUAUGAGGCAAUCAAGCCUCUCGAGACUUUAUCGCUGGAGGGUCUCGUGCGCGUGUGGGCUCACGAGGGGCUGCGUCUUUUCCAAGAUCGCCUCGUCGCCGAGGGUGAGAAGAAGUGGACGGACAACGUGCUUGACGAGACGGCUGCUCGGUACUUCCCCAACGCCAACGUCUCCGAAGCGCUUGCACGCCCAAUUCUCUUCUCGAACUGGACCUCGAAAAACUAUAUUCCUGUCGAUCGCGAGCAAUUACGCGAGUACACCAAGGCUCGUCUCAAGGUGUUCCACGAGGAGGAGCUCGAUGUGCCGCUCGUACUGUUCAACGACGUACUCGACCACGUUUUGCGCAUCGACCGAGUAUUCCGCCAGGUUCAGGGCCAUCUGCUCCUUAUCGGUGUCAGUGGCGGUGGUAAAACGACGCUCUCCAGGUUUGUUGCUUGGAUGAACGGCCUCAGCAUCUUCCAGAUCAAGGUGUCGAACAAGUAUACAGCCGCGGAUUUCGAUGACGACCUGCGCACCGUCCUCCGCCGCUCCGGAUGCAAGGGCGAGAAGAUCUGCUUCAUCAUGGAUGAGUCUAAUGUCCUCGAUGCGGGCUUCCUUGAGCGCAUGAACACUCUCCUCGCCAACGCUGAGGUGCCGGGCCUCUUCGAGGGCGAUGAGCAUGCCGCACUUAUGACUGCUUGCAAGGAGGGCUCGCAACGUGACGGCCUCAUGCUCGACUCGCAUGAGGAGCUGUAUAGAUGGUUCACGCAGCAGGUGGCGCGUAACCUUCACGUUGUGUUUACCAUGAACCCACCCGCUAACGGACUCGCAUCGCGUGCCGCAACCUCACCCGCGCUCUUUAACCGAUGCGUACUGGACUGGUUCGGUGACUGGUCCGACCAGGCGCUCUAUCAGGUCGGCUACGAGUUCACAUCUGCGCUCGACCUCGAGUCGCCAACUUACGUUACUCCAUCGCCGUUCCCGAUCGCCUUCAGAGAGUUACCAACACCGCCUAACCAUCGUCAGGCUGUCAUCAAUGCCAUGGUCUAUGUACACCAGUCGAUGCAGGCGAUCUCGGCGAAGCUUGCCAAGCGCCAGGGCAAGUACAACCACAUCACCCCGCGCCACUUCCUGGACUUCAUUAACCACUACGUUCGCCUUUUCACAGAGAAAAAGGAAGAUCUUGAGGAGCAGCAGCGCCAUCUCAAUGUCGGCCUUGACAAGCUUCGCGAAACGGUUACACAGGUCGAAGAACUGCGCAAGAGCCUCGCGGCGCAAAGCACCAAACUUAGCGCCAAGCAGGAGGAGGCAAACCACAAGCUGAAGCAGAUGGUCGCAGAUCAAGCUGAGGCCGAGGCGUCCAAGGUGCAGUCGAUCAAGAUACAAUCCGCACUCGUGAAGAAGGAGGAGGUACUGAAUGACCGCAAGUCAGUCGUAGCGGCGGAGCUGGCAGAGGCUGAGCCCGCUGUUCAGGAGGCCCUCAACAAUGUCAGCACCAUCAAGAAGCAGCACCUCGCCGAAGUGCGGUCGAUGGCGAACCCCCCCGAGGCGGUCAAGCUGGCUAUGGAAUCGGCGUGUUCGCUACUCGGCCAUCAGGUUGACAGCUGGAAGACUGUGCAGAGUCUUAUCCGCCGCGACGACUUCAUUUCCAAUAUUCAGCACUUUGACACAAACCGAAUGACUCGUGCCCUUCGCGAGCGCAUGAAGCGCGACUACAUGAGCAAGCCUGGUUACGACUUUGCGACAGUCAAUCGAGCGUCGCGCGCCUGUGGCCCGCUUGUGCAGUGGGUCAUUUCGCAGGUUCGCUACUCCGAGAUGCUCGACAAGGUUGAGCCGCUCCGGAUCGAGGUCAAGGAGUUGGCGGAUGAACUCGAGAAUACCAAGGCCGGCGCUAAGUCAGCCGAGGACAAGACGGUUGAGUUGGAGGAGAAGAUCAAACAGUAUCGCGAGGAAUACGCCAAGCUCAUCUCCGAGGAGUCGGCAAUCCGCAGCGAGAUGGAGCGUGUCGAGAGCAAGGUCAACCGUAGCGUCACGCUCCUCGAGAGCCUGUCGUCCGAGCAAACCCGCUGGGACGCUGGUAGCAAGACCUUUGAAAGCGAAAUGGGAACAAUUGUCGGUGACGUACUCAUCUCGGCGUCGUUCCUCGCGUAUUCGGGCUUCUUCGAUCAGCACUAUCGUGACACCAUGCGACGUACAUGGAUGGAGCACCUCGACGAGGCGGGCAUCCGUUACAAGGCGGAGCUCGCGCUCGCGGAGUUCCUGUCAACAGCUGACGAGCGCCUCGAUUGGCAGUCCCAUGAGCUCCCCACCGACAGCCUGUGCGUCGAGAACGCUGUCAUGCUCAAGCGGUACAAUCGUUACCCGCUUAUUGUCGAUCCUACAGGCCAGGCCACGACUUUCCUCCAGAACGAGUACCGUAACCGCAAAAUCACAGUUACGAGUUUCCUCGACGAGUCGUUCCUCAAAAACCUCGAGUCGGCGCUACGCUUUGGCAAUGCACUGCUCAUUCAGGAUGUCGAGAACCUCGACCCAAUCCUCAACUCUGUGCUCAACCGCGAGCUCCGUCGUACCGGCGGCCGUGUGCUCAUCCGCAUCGGCAACCAGGACAUUGAUUUCUCUCCGGCAUUCACCAUGUUCUUGUCUACGCGCGACCCAUCGGUCGAGUUCUCGCCGGACAUCUGCAGCCGAGUUACAUUCGUCAACUUCACUAUGACCCGCGGCAGUCUGCAAACACAGGCGCUCGAUAAGGUGCUUAAGGCUGAGCGACCAGAGGUCGACCAGAAACGUACAGACCUCAUGAAGCUCCAGGGCGAGUUCCGCUUGCGACUACGCCACCUCGAGCGCGCGCUGCUGCAGGCGCUCAACGAGUCAACCGGCAGCAUCCUCGACAACGACCAUGUCAUCGAAACGCUUGAAGUGCUCAAGAAAGAGGCGGCUGAGGUGCAGCACAAGGUUGAGGACACGGAAAAGGUCAUGAGAGAAGUUGAGACUGUUACAGCUGAGUAUCUCCCGCUUGCGUCUGCUUGUAGCAGCAUUUACUUCACGCUGGAACAGCUGGCGACUGUCAACCACUUCUACCAAUUCUCCCUCGACUAUUUCCUCAGCAUUUUCGACUACGUGCUGCUGCACAACCCCAAUCUCGCAGGCGUCACGGACCUUGAGGCGCGCAAGGCGACCCUCCUUAACGACCUCUUCCUCGUCACAUACCGCCGCACAUCGCGCUCGCUGCUCCACGUCGAUUACAUGGUGCUCGCAACGCAACUCGCCAAGUUGCGCCUGUCCCGUGGUGACGGCAGCAGCGCGCUUACGGACGAGCUUGACGCACUCAUCGAGGUGCCUGUCGGCGAGCACGCAGGCGACGAGCCGCACAUCUCCGCUGAACAGCGCCGCGUUCUUGACAGCCAUCUUGGUGCCGAGACAACCAAGGCGCUCGAAACGCACCUCUCGUCAUCGCCGCUCGACUGGGCGGCCUUCCUCUCGGCCGCCGAGGCCGAGCGCCACAUUCCCUGGCCGUGGGCACCUGCCGACAACUUCGUAACUGCCGCUCGUCGGCUUACACUUGUUAAACUCUUCCGGCCUGACCGUAUUGUGCAGGCUCUUGCCGCAUUUGCCGACAAAGCAUUCGGGUGUGACUUAGCCUCGCAAACAGAAUACGACCUCGGUGCAAUUGUCCAAGACCAGGUCAAGGCGAGCAAUCCACUCGCGCUUGCCUCUGUGCCCGGAUACGACGCCAGCUACCGCGUCGAGAAUCUUUGCCGCUCCCUCGGCGUCAAUUGGACCUCGGUGGCCAUGGGUUCCGUGGAGGGCUUCACACUUGCAGACCAAGCAAUCGCCAAUGCCGCGCGCACCGGCUCGUGGGUGCUUCUCAAGAACGUGCACCUCGCGCCCGGAUGGCUCGCGCAGCUGGAGAAGAGACUUCACAGCCUCUCGCCAUCGCCGAGCUUCCGUCUCUUCUUGACUAUGGAGACGAACCCUGUUAUCCCGGUUAACAUCCUUCGCCAAUCACGGAUCAUCAUGAAUGAGCCUCCUCCCGGUGUACGCGCCAACCUGCUCGACACGCUGCGUGGACUUCCCACCGCACGUCUCAACACAGGUCCAACGGAGAAGGCGCGUCUCCUUUUCCUGCUCGCGUGGCUCCAGGCCGUCGUGCAAGAGCGCCUCCGCUACCUCCCGCUGGGUUGGUCGAAGAGCUACGAGUUCAACGACUCCGACUUUGACGCUGCGGUUAAAACGAUCGACUCGUGGAUCACCACGCUGGCCAAGGGCAAGUCAAACGUUGACCCUGCCCAGAUCCCCUGGGUCGCCCUCCGCACUCUCAUCAAGCAAGCCGUAUACGGUGGCCGCAUUGACUCAGACUACGACCAGCGUGUGCUCGACGCCUUUGUUGACGCUAUCUUCACGCCGCGCGCGUAUGACACGGACUUUGCGCUCGUGAAUCUGGGCGACCGCCCGCUGCUAGUGCCCGAGGGCACGCAGAUGAGCCAGUUCAUCGCAUGGGCCCAGGCGCUUCCCGAGCACGAGCCCCCCUCCUGGCUUAGCCUGCCAGGAUCGGCCGAGCGCGUCGUUGCAGCGGCGGAGGGUAACGCCACGAUUGUCAAGCUCCGCAAGUUGCGCACAACGGAUGAUGACGAGGACGACGUCAGCAGUGCGGUCGAGGCCGCUGGCCGCCCGGCUUGGAUGACGACGCUGAAGACAAAUGCGCAGGAAUGGCUCGACUCACUGCCCAAGUUCCUGUCGACGCCGGCGAGCAUCAACGACCCCCUGACCCGAUUCUAUGGCCGCGAGGCAUGGACAGGGCGCCGCUUGCUCGAGCGCGUGCGAAAGGACCUCAGCGACCUCGUCAAGGUGUGCGACGGGAGCAUCAAACAGACAAACGAGCUUCGCGGUCUCAUGACCGAUCUAACGCGUGGCAAUGUGCCAUCGCACUGGGCGCGAUUCAAGAUGAUCAAGGUGACCAGUGUGGGUCAAUACAUUGUCGACCUGGUUUCACGGCUGGCGCAACUUGAGCGCAUCGCGACGCGCGGUGCAGGCACCGGCAUAUGGCUUGGUGGUCUGUUCCAACCCGAAGCGUACAUCACUGCCACGCGCCAGGCGGCUGCCCAUGCGGCCCACGCGUCUCUCGAACAGCUUACCCUGAGCCUGGCGAUUGAGAGUGGUGCCGGCGGUAACGGAUUCGUGAUUGAGGGUAAGUCUGACUCGGGUCGCGCUCGCAGCAUUCCACACAUGGCUGACACCACCAGGCCUCAAACUCCACGGUGCGGCUUGGAGCGACGGCAAGCUCGCCCUCAACGACGGGCAGACGGUCGCGCUCGGCCCUUGCGAGCUCGUGUGGACGCGCAACGGUUCAGCUGGGACAGGCAAGGUUAAUCUGCCGGUGUACCUGAACAGCGACCGGUCCGACGUGCUUUUCAGCGCCGACCUUGACGCAGACGUGAGCGCCUCGGUUAUGGCCGAGCGCGGAGUAUGCGUGACCGCAGUGUAGAGUCCACGCAGAUGAUAUUCGGAUCGGAACGGGCACGGAUUGGCGUCUUGUAUAUACCCAGCAAUGAAAGGCGUUUUUUGUGUCAGAACCCGGAUUGAAUCAGCCGUGGUAAGAGCGGACUGUGUUUUCUGGGCGUCCCGACUGCUGGCUGCUGGCUGGAGAAAGCUGGGGCUCGACGGAUUGAUAGCAUGUUGUGAUGCCGAAUGUUAGCGGUAAGGCCGGAGAACCAAGUGAUUGGC